AUGUCGGAUCUCGACCACUUCGACCUGCUCCCCAUACACAUGGACCCCAAGUCCAAGGCCAUCAGCGCCAGCAAGCAGUCGCGGGCCCUCGCCGCCGAGCUCCAGCAGCUCAACGCCCUCCACCGCGCCCUCCUCACCCUCGACGGCUCCAGCAUGGGCGUCCCCCCGCCCCCCAUCCCCGUCAACCCCAAGCGCACCGGGCAAGUCACCAAGCUGCGCGACAACGGCAACGCCGAGUACCGCAGGGGCAAGUACGCCGAGGCGCUGCGCCUCUACUCCCUCGGCAUCCAGAUGGCUUCCCAGAGACCGCUGUGGGAGCCGGCCCAGCUGGUCAGGGAGGAGGUCUCGGGCCUGCUGGCAAACAGGGCCCAGACGCACAUGGCCCUCCACAACUGGCCCGAAGGUGCUGUCGAUGCCGAGGCCAGCGUCGAGGCCCGGAGAAUCGGCAAUGCCAAGGGCUGGUGGAGAAAGGGCCAGUGUCUCUUGGAGAUGGGGCGGCUGGACGAGGCGAGAGAGUGGGUGAAGCAGGGUCUCGAGGUGGAAGGGGAAGAGGCUGAGCUGGUUGGCUUGCUGAAGGAGAUUGAUGGCCUGAUUGCUAAGAAAAGAGCUCAGUGA